AUGACGCUCCCCUUCCGGGACAUCAACGUCCAGGCCGCCUCGGACUCUUACAUCUUCACCUCGCCCUCCAGUCCCAAUGCGCCGGCCUUGACAAUCGACCGCCCCACUGGCGAUAUCCGUCUGAGCGAUGCCUCCCUACUCGCCGGCAAGCGCGUUGCCCGCGUAUCCAGCAUCGCCGGUAUCCUGGGUGUUGUCAGGUUGCGCCUAGAUAAGUACAUCAUCGUCAUCACCAAAGCGCAACCAGUCGGCCGCCUCAGGGGCCAUAUGGUGUACAAGGUUGUCGCGACCGAGUUCCUCCCCCUCCGCGAACGACAGAUUCACGACCACGAUGAGGACAAGUUCUUGAACUUGCUCAAGGGCUUCAUCAAGUCCGGGCCCAUGUACUUUUCCUACUCGCUUGACGUCACAAACACCAGCCAGAGACAAGCCCAACAUGACCUCUCCACGCCUUUGUGGCAGCGUGCCGACGACCGCUUCUUCUGGAACCGAUUCCUCCAGUCCGACCUCAUCAACUUCCGAACCAAGGGAGGGAGGGGCUCUCCUGCUCCUCAGCCCGGCAUCGACCCCUACAUUCUUCCCGUCAUCUUCGGCAUGUUCGAGAUUCACCCGACCACCUUUAAGGGUACCCCCAUAACCAUUGCCUUGAUCACCCGCCGAUCACGACACCGCGCUGGUACCCGUUACUUCUCUCGAGGCAUCGAUGCCGAGGGCCAUGCCUCCAAUUACAAUGAGACGGAGCAGAUCGUGGUCUUGAACGACCGUGGUAGCGGCUUGGGAGGUUUCACUGGUAGCGGCGACAUGCAGAGUGGGAAGCUUGGUGGAAGUGACGGCAAGGAGAUGCAGGUCCUGUCCUAUGUGCAAACACGUGGAAGUGUCCCAGUCUACUGGGCCGAAGUGAACAACCUCAAGUAUACCCCUACGAUUCAGCUCAAGAGCACCGAGGCCGCCUUCCCCGCAGCGAAGGCGCAUUUUGACGAGCAGAUCCGUCUCUAUGGCGACAACUAUCUGGUGAACCUGGUCAACCAGAAGGGCCGCGAGACCCGCGUCAAGCUAGCUUACGAGCAGAUGGUCGACCGCCUCGUAUCGUCGCCCAAGGAACGUGUCCAGUCCGACGCAUUAACCGAUGAAAAGUUCCACACCAUCGAAACCAGCACUAAACCCCAGACCUCCUUCGACCGCCUUCACUACAUUUACUUCGACUUCCACGCCGAGACCAAGGGACUUCAGAUGCACCGUGCCCAGCUCCUCAUCGACAGGAUGCACGAGGCCCUGAUUGCCCAGCAAUACUUCCGCGCCGUCGACUCUCCCGCCAGCCAGGUCAACGGUGGCCGUCUUGAAGUUCGCAACCUCCAGACGAGCGUAGUGCGCACCAACUGCAUGGACUGCCUCGAUCGCACCAACGUUGUGCAGUCCAUGCUCGCGCGCUGGACGCUUGACAGGAUGUUCAUCGACCUCGGCCUCAUGGCGCGCGGCUCCCAGUUCAAGGACGAGGACCCGGCCUUCGAGUUCAUGUUCCGCAACAUGUGGGCCGACAACGCCGACAUUGUGUCCAACAGCUACGCCGGCACCGGCGCCAUGAAGACGGACCUGACCCGGACGGGCAAGCGUACCAAGGCCGGCGCGCUCGCCGACGCCAACAUUGCUGUGACGAGGUACUGCAAGAACAACUUCUUCGACGGUCCAAGGCAGGACGCCUUUGACCUAUUCCUGGGCGUCUACCAGCCCGGCGCAGCGAACAUCGGUUCUCAGCUGGUCUUUGUCGACCGCAGGCCGGUGUUGAUCCAGGCGAUCCCCUACCUGGCCGCCUUUAGUCUGUUCUUUGUCUUUGUGGGCAUGUGGACGCCCAGGCUACCCGAUAGUGCCGUGUGGCCGAUGAGGCUGUUCAUCAUCUUCUGGACGGCUGUCGCGGCGUGGUCGCUGACAUUUAUCAUUUCGAACGGCAUGCUCUAUGUAAACUGGCCAAAGCUGGUUCCUCGCCCCUGGGCCGUGGAAGGUUAUCAUGAGACCAUCACCAAGGUUGUGCGCAAGGACAAGAUCCUUGGGCCAUUGGUGGCCAAGCAUGAGCGCGGCCUUAGCACGGCGCGGUACAUCAACGCCGAGGAAGGUAAGAAGAGGAUUGAGUAAAGUCUUGUUGACGCGUGGAAAAGUCUGGUUCGGUGGAACGAUCACAAUGGUGGCAUAUAGAAUAGACACAUAUUUUACAGGUUUAGGGUGACUGGCGACCGGUUGGGAACGAAGACCAUGGGCUUCUCAGCUCUAUUCUUUUCUCUUUUUCUUUUGUUGUAUCAGUUUGACUAGUGUUUAGUUUUCUUUCCAUACUUUGGAACCUUUUAGAGGUCUUCUUUGUUUAAACCUGGUAAUUGGUAAUACCAUUGGAUUGCACCAGC